AUGAUUAUUGGGAGCUUCAAUAUUAGGGGAGGUGGUAGCUCGGUUAAACGGAAGAGAAUCAAGUCUAUUAUAUCUAAAGGCAGGGCAGAUUUUUUCCUUAUACAAGAAACUAAACUUAAUGUUGUUUCUGAUGCUGUAGCGAGGAGUUUGUGGGGUAUUAACGACAUGGAGUUUUCCUUUGCUGGAGCUGAUGGUUCUGCAGGGGGGCUUUUGUCAAUUUGGAAUUCUCGGACGGUCACUGUUCUAGCUAGCUUUCGAGGUCCAGGGUAUCUGGGCUCAAAGGUGGCUUGGAAAGGAGGUAUCUUCUACAUAGUUAACAUUUAUUCUUCUUGUUAUCUGCCUCUUAAACGCCAAUUAUGGUCUCGGUUGGUAGAAUUGAAAAAUCUUUAUCAAGACGGGGAAUGGAUUUUGGGAGGAGAUUUUAAUGCGGUGAAGAAGCGGGGUGAGAGAGUUGGUUUGUCCUAUAGGAGUAGCAGUUCGGAAUGGAGGGAUUUCUCGGGUUUCAUUGAGGAUAUCGGUUUGGUGGAUGUGCCGUGUAAAGGGAAGAGGUUUAGUUGGUUUAGCGGGGAUGGAAAAUCAAAGAGUAGGAUUGAUAGAUUUCUUGUUUCUAACAAUAUAGUCUCAUCUUGGGGUGUUGUGGGCCAAUUGAUAGGAGAUAGGGACGUAUCCGAUCAUUGUCCGGUGUGGUUGGUGGUGGACAAAGAGGAUUGGGGGCCAAAACCUUUCAAAUUCAACAAUGAAUGGUUUUCGCAUAAGAGUUUCUUGUCGUUUGUGGAGGAGGAAUGGAAGAACUUGAAGGUGUAUGGUAGAGGUGACUUUGUCUUGAAAGAGAAAUUUCGCUUAUUAAAAGAUAGAUUGAGAUGGUGGGCUAAAAAUAUUUUUGGGAAGAUUGAUUUGGAGAUUGAAGAUGGGGUGCGUGUGUUGAAUGAUUCGGAUGAUAGGGAGGAGUGGGAGGAGGAUGUUCAUUUGGACAAGAUAAAGGCGUCCAAGAAUAUAUGGUUUAACUUAAAAUUAAAGGAGAACAUGUUGAUUCAAAAAUCGAGGCUAAAGUGGUUAAAUGAUGGAGACUCUAAUAGCAAAUUUUUUCAUAUGGUCAUGAAGGAAAGGAGGAGAAGAAAUCAUAUAAGUUCUUUAGUCACUAGUGGAGGUUUUGUCAAUUCGGUGGAAGGGGUUAAGGAAGCGGUGAAAGGGCACUUUGAAGAAAAAUUCAAGGAGAGUUGUUUUGAUAGACCUUUGUUAGAUGGGGUUUUUGUUAAUUCUUUGAGCGAGGAAGAAAGGCGAUCUAUUGAGGUUCCUUUUUCCAUUGAGGAGAUAAAAGGGGCGGUGUGGAGUUGUGAUGGCACCAAAAGUAUGGGACCGGAUGGUAUUUCUCUUCUUUUCUUAAAGAAUUGUUGGUCUUUUUUAAAAGAAGAUGUUGUUUCGUGUUUCAAUGAUUUUUUCUCCUCUUAA